GCAGGCAGAGAGAUUUCCGCUCAUUCGCCAUUCUCCUUUCCUAGCGAGACGUUGUGUUGUUUUCCUUCAGAAAAACAAUCCGUUUUUUGACAAGUUUUCUAAGUUUUUCAAUCUAAGCAGGAUUUUCAUCUUUUUUCUUAAGUCAGAGCGAUUCAUCACAAGAUGCCCAAAAGAAAUUCAAAUAUGCCCAAGGGUCGAUGCACGGCGUACUCGUAUUUCGUCAAGUCGUGUCGCCAGGAAGUUACGAUGCAGAAUCCAAAUGCGAAAGUGGUAUUCGCCGACUUCUCAAAAGAGUGUGCCGAGCGGUGGAAGUCACUUGAUGCUGAAGAGAGAAAAGUAUUUGUAGCGAUGUCGGACGAGGACAAGAUUCGUUACGAUAUGGAGAUGGACCAGUUCUACCGAAAGGGAGGAGUAGAUCCAGCAGCUAAAAAACGAAAAGCUAAAGUAGACAAAAAGGUGAAGCCAGCUGCGUCAGCAUAUUCGUUCUUCUCUAAAGAUAUUCGACCCCGGAUGAAAGCAGACAACCCGAGCUUGUCAACUGCCGAUGUGACCAAGGAAGUGAAAAGGAUGUGGGAUAAUCUGGAUGGCAGGAAUAAGCGACAAUUUGAAUCCAUGGCCAAGGAGGAUGCUGAACGUUACAGACAAGAGGUCCAAUGGCAGAAGGAUCGAGAGGAAGCGAUUCGUCAAGCGGCUACAAGCACUUCUAACUAUGCAAAUACUGUGUAUGAAUACUGUGAAUCUGGCUCAGAUGCUGACGAAAGCGCUGCAGAAAACGACGAUGAGUAUUAGAAAUUGUGUUUUUUUACACUUGUACUUGUACAUUUAUAUUAUUUUGUACCCUUUAAACCUGUUCUAUACCCGAUUUUUGACUCUUGUCAUAUGUUUGUAUUUUUUGGUACGAAUGUCUCUGUUCCGACGUAUGUGUACUUUUUUAACAAGUUUUUUCUAAGAUUUAUUUUACUCGGAAUGCAAUUUAAUGCACAUAAUGAAUUGUUUGGCGUUAUCGAUAUCCUUGUUCUUUAAUAAAAAUGCAAGUUGAUAAUACUAAUGAAAAA